AUGAACGAUAAAAUUUAUGAAAAUUCAAGAGACUCAUUAGAAUCAUUGUUUGAAAAAUAUGAUAAUAAUAAGAAUGAAUUCAAAGGAAUUGAUUUGAAGAUUAACGAUGAUCAAGACUCCUAUGCAUCAGAUUCAUCCAUCCAAAAAUCAAGGGGUACUCCUGAAUAAACUGACAAUUCAUGUAUUUCUAUACAAGAGAUAACCACUUAUAGAAAAGAGAAAAAACUAACCUUUCAACCAGAGCUUAUUCAAUUAAAAUAAUCUAAUCUCUAUGAAGUAAAUCAUAAAAUAAAGGACUAAUAAAAAACUAAGUCCAAAUCAUUAGAAGAGAUCAAUCGACAACUCAAACUACAAAAGGAGAAUCCUCCUAAAUUAAAUUUAGGUAAAACUUUAGAUAAGAAAAAAUAAUAACUUUUAUAGCCUCAACAAAAACAGAUUAUGAAUCCUAAAUUAUUGUAGAUUAACAGCUACACAAUAAGUUCCUCAAAACCAAAAAUUGAUAGGAUUCGCUAAUUGUCACUCAAUCCAUCUAAAAGUGUUGUGAAAUCAGAAACUCAUAAAGAAGCAAAAAAGUCAUAACAUAUUGAAAAGGUCAAAUAGCUAUGUCCUAUUUUGAAGAAAACCAAUUCCCAAAUUACCGAGGACAAAAAGUCAUUUCAAGGUAUGUUUUAAGAAAAAUGCGGGAUUUUUACAGAAACAGGUAAACCAAUAUUUGAGUUCAAUUCCUUAAUUAAAUAUUUAUUUCUAAAAGACUACAGUAAGGAUUCUGAGAAUGAAACAUACAAUAAGAUACCUAAGAAAUUUAAAUCAGAUGUAGAGUAUUGUAAAAUAUUCGAAUACUUAUUUUUAAAUGAAGCAUUCCAAUAAAUUAAAUAAGAAUUACAAAGAAUUAAUAAAUCAAAAUUUAGAAGAAUUCAAAUCAAAUAGGAUGAUGUCGAGAUUGAUAAGGAUGGAUUGAUCUUUUAAAUGAGAUAGUAUUAAUAAAAUCCGAAAGAGAAGAAUAAAGAUAGAAAUAACGAAGCUGAAAAAAAGUAGUAGGAUGACAGUGAUGGAAGUGUCCACAAGGAAGAAGGCGUAUGUGAUUUGACUGCCUUAAAGAAUUACAUAGUAAUUAUAAGCAAUAAGUAUUCAUUUAAUCCAGCAAAAAUAAACAAGAUGAAAGAGAAAAGACAAUUAUUUUUUGGAAUGCUAAUAGAACCUUAGACACAUCAAUAUGUCAAUCAGAUCAAAAUUUAAACAUUUGUACCUCGAGAUCCAUUAUAUUUAAAUUGGGUUUCAGUAUAUCUGUUUCCCUUUGUAAAAAUUACAACGCAAAUUAGAGAGUAUUUGAUGAUAAACAAAAUAACAUAGACUCCUCUAUAUCCUUUAAUUUUGGAUCCAAAAUCAUAAUAGCAUUUGAUAGGAGCUGAUAAAGAUAAGAUAUGGAAUAUAAAUUCUUCGAAUAUCAUUCCAAAUGGAAAGGUAAUGGACCCUUUUUUUAAUUAUAUAAACUAAAAUUAUAACUUUUCAUAGGCCACAGCAAUUUAAUAAAUAAUCCUGUAAGAUAGGGGUAUUAGUCUAUUAUAGGGACCACCUGGUACUGGAAAAACACAUACUUUAAUCGGUCUGUUAUCAGGGGUCUAUGAAUAUAUGAAAAUAAUGAAUAAAUUUCCAAAGAAGAAGAUUUUGAUUUGCGCUCCUUCGAAUGCAGCUAUAGAUGAAAUCAUAUUUCGAAUAUUGCAAGGAGGGUUAUUUGAUUGUGAAGGAAGAUCAAGAACAGUGAAACUAGUUAGAUUAGGUGUUUUAGACGAAGAAAAUGAUAAAAGCGUUAUAAUUAAAUAGGUUUCGUUGGAGGAUGUAGCUUAAUAUCAAUUAUUCAAUAAAAGUUCAUUUAAAGCUAAUUCAGAUCAAAAGACAACUGGAGAAUUGCGAAUUGAAUUGAGCAAAACAACAUAGGCUAUAAAAAAAAUAAAAGAAAUGGAGAAAUAUGAUGAGUAACAAAAGAAAUAGUUAAAUGAAUUAUGGAAUAAAAGAAAUCAAUUAAUGCAAUAUUUAGAAUAAGUAAGAACUAAUAAACGAAACUAAAAAGAAAAUUAUGUUCUAUUUUGUGAGAAGAUCAUAAGUGAAGCUGAAAUCCUUUGCUCGACUUUAAGUACAGCAGGAACUGAUAAAUUAAGUAAAUUUAUUGAUUCAUUUGAAUUAUUAAUUGUGGAUGAAGCAGCAUAAUGCACAGAGCCUUCUAAUAAUAUUCCAUUAAGAUUAGGAAUGAGGAAGAUGAUAUUGAUAGGCGAUCCAAAACAAUUACCAGCUACAACCUUCUCAUCAGUUUCAUAAAUAACUCAUUAUAAUAGAAGCCUAUUCGAAAGAAUCUUGGACAAUGACUUCAAACCCUUCUUUUUAGACAUGCAAUAUAGGAUGCAUCCUCAAAUUCGUGAAUUUCCAUCAUUAAACUUCUAUGAUAACAAACUAAUUGACCAUUUUUCGGUUUAUGAAAGAUUGAUACCUAACAAUUUCUUUAAUUAAAGAGUGUUAUUCAUUGAUGUCGAGAGUGAGGAAACGAAAGAUGAGAAAUCAUUUCAAAAUUAAACUGAAUGCAAUAUGAUUGUAGAAGUUCUGAAAAACAUUAAAAAUGCAUAUCCUUCAUAAAGUUUAGGAGUUAUUUGUGCAUAUAAAGCCUAAGUUAGAUUGAUUAAAUUAGAAAUUAAGAGAUAAUUAGGGGAUUUAAUGGAUGAAAUUUAAAUAAAUACAGUUGACUCAUUCUAAGGUUAGGAAAGGGAUGUUAUUUUAUUUUCUUGUGUUCGAUCUUCUUCGUCUGGAAAUAUUGGAUUUCUUUAAGAUGGAAGAAGAGUUAAUGUUGCCUUGACAAGAGCAAAAAAUGCUCUGUUUAUCUUUGGAAAUGCAAUCACAUUGGGACAAUGCUAAUUGUGGAAGAACCUCCUUUUAAAUUUGCACAGUAGGAAGCUUUACAGAUAUGUUGGCAAAAAUGAUUAUUUUUCAUUUAAAGUUUUAGCAGAAGAUAUUUGGUUUGACAGGUAAAGAAAAAUGAAUGAAUAACUAUUAAAUCUUUUGAAAGAUAAAGAACUUAUACUUUAAGAAGAAUUAAAAACCAUUGAAUAAAAUAAGGAUACAGAAUAUUUCAAAGAUAAAAAAGAAUAAUAGGUCACUAAAACUGAAAGAAACUUAAUCCCAUCACCUGCAUUCAUCUAACUUCCUAAUCAUACUCAUAAUAAUUAUAAUAAUUCUGGUAAAUAUAAACAGCAUUAAAAAUAACCUAGUCAAUAAUAAAAACAUCAUUCUAAUAAAGAAAAGAACUAAACGAAAAAUAAGAAUAAAUUCUAAAAAUUAAUAGAGAAGAAUGAGAAAAUACAUCAUCAUUCUUAUAAAAAGAAUGGCUGA